UUUGCUCAGGAGCUGCUCUCUAGUGAUAAUUUUCUAUAUUAAUACACAACAUACACAUAUGCAAAGCCGCUUUACAUCAAACAACAAAAAUUUAUGAUUGAAUCGAAAAAGUGAUUGUCAUGGCGUCUGAGAGAUACAGUUUUUCUUUAACAACUUUUAGUCCUUCGGGUAAAUUGGUUCAAAUAGAAUAUGCUCUUGCUGCAGUGGCUGCUGGUGCACCUAGUGUUGGAAUAAAAGCCUGCAAUGGUGUUGUACUAGCAACUGAAAAUAAACAUAAAUCAAUAUUAUAUGAUGAACAUAGUCUUUGUAAAGUUGAAAUGAUUACGAAGCACAUUGGGAUGGUUUACAGUGGAAUGGGCCCAGAUUAUCGUUUACUUGUUAAACAAGCUAGAAAAAUGGCUCAACAAUAUUUUUUGAUUUAUCGUGAGCCAAUUCCUACUGCUCAAUUGGUACAAAGAGUUGCUAUGCUUAUGCAAGAAUACACUCAAUCAGG